AUGGCUCCCUUCCAUCAGGUUGGAAAAUAUGUUAUCAAGCACAAAAUCGGCGAGGGAGCAUUUGCUGAGGUCCGGUUGGCAACUCACCAGGAAACUAAAGAAGAGUUUGCCGUCAAAGUGUUUGACAGAGAUGCAUUGCCAAAAACUCAUUUUGAAAGAAACAUUAAGAGGGAAAUCAAAAUUAUGCAGCACCUCCGCCACCCAAACAUUGUGGCCAUUCACGCAGUGCUUGUCACAGAGAAGAAGCUGUACCUCGUCAUGGAACUCGUGCGUGGAGUUGAACUAUACGAUGUCAUUGUGUCAAAACGACGAAUCGACGAGCCCACUUCCCGGCGAUAUUUUCAGCAAAUGGUCGAUGCUCUGGUGUAUUGCCAUCAGUGUGGUGUUGUCCAUCGCGAUUUGAAGCCAGAAAAUUUGCUUGUGGAUGGCAAUGGAAACAUUAAAAUCACAGACUUCGGCAUGUCAUGGAUGAAGGACAGUCUCAGUCCUGCUGCUAGAGCAAAGGAGCUACUUCGCACGCAGUGCGGAACCCCAAAAUAUAUGGCACCGGAGAUUAUUGUGAGGCCUGCAGAGGGCUACGACGGAGAGAAAUUGGAUGCUUGGGAAUGUGGCAUGGUUUUAUAUGCGCUUCUCGCAGGAUAUUUACCCUUUUCUGGAGAGGAUGAUAGUUCGGUCUUUAGAUCUAUUCUAAACGGCAAGUUGAUGUUUCCAAGUCAUUUUUCUCCAGGUGCCAAAGAUGUGCUUACGCACCUUCUCGAAAAAGAUCCCAAAAAGAGGACUAGCGUAGCAGAAAUAAGGACACAUUUUUGGUUUCAAGUUAACUAUCAAGGGAAUCUGAAAGAAAAGAGUGCUUCAGCCGCUUCAGACAAGCAUGAGAAACGUCCGAGGGAACAGGGUGGCACCGCUUGUGUCUCAGAGGUAGAGAAAGAAAGGGUUCGAGAGCAGCAUGUCGCUGGAGAACGAGAGGGUGGUUCUAGGAUGGUACAUUCACCUCACGGUGAUGCCGAUAUGGUCACUACGGAACAUCAAAAGGGUGAUGAAAUGGAAGGUAUAGUUUAUGAUAGUUCUCCUCAGAGCGAUGUCUCAACUCCACAGCCACAGCAAACUCUCAUUCAUCCAAUCAACAGCUCCGCGGCACAACAAGAACAUCGCGUCGACGGUGCGGUUCUAUCUGAAGAAGCUGCCGACAUCAACAAACAACAGAAGAAAUCAUCUCCUCAGUCGCCACGUUCGCCUGGUCCAGCGUCUCACAAAAAGAGUGCAGAUCCACACAACCUAGGAAUCCUUGAUAACGGCCAGGGCCCUUCACCAGAGACAGCACAUGCAUCUACACCUCGAGGCAACGGGAAAGAGAAGCCAAAGAGUCCGAAGGCAAUGAAAGUAGUCGAUACGGAGCUCCCAGACCCAGCAACUCCAUCGCGGAAGCACAAACCCAGAUGGGAGAGUCCUAAGAAUCAGCGCUCCAAAGUCGAUUCCGAAGGAUCAAAGAGAACUCCUCGAAAAGCUCAGCCUCUUGCCAUGAGAUUGACAAGUUUGGUGAAGGGUUCCAACACAGGGGGAGAUGGAGCUGAUGAUGAAGAGGCCCCUCUAUCGAUUCGGGACCGCCUUAGAAGCCCACUGGCUACGGUUUUGAGGUCUUUACGAAGUGGAACGGCAAUGUCUGCAGACGUGGAGGCAGGGGUCCCAGGCUCCAAGUCCAGCUGGUUCGAGGUGUCUCCUUCCUCUGUUGCUGAACAGGCAAGGCGCGGCAACACAAACUUGGAUCGCCCGGUAAAACCUGUUAAUGAUCUUUCUUCCCCCGACCAAGAGCUGGUACAGCUUGCCGGAGGCAAUUUCGUUCCUACCGAGCUUCCACCUUCAUCUUCUACCUUUAAGAAGGUGACAAGGGUUUUUCAGCGAAAGGCCUGA